AAAGCUUUGUCCUGAAACUCUCUGCUACCCAAUCGUGUCAACCUUCUGGGAGAAGCAGGAGCCUUCCUUUGCUUGUUAAAGUGAACAGCUCACCACUUUUGUCUGCCUGCCAGCAGUCGGGUGUAAAAAAAGGGCCAGCACUAAAGCGAUAUCAUGGCUAUGAUUCAAACAGGAACAUUCCGGAUGGUCUCUGAGGAGGAGCAGGCUCUCCGUAACAAACUUGAGCAUCUUACCACAAAGGAUCAUGGGCCUGUGUUUGGUAAAUGUGAGACAUUACCCCUCCACACACAGCAGAAGGCUAAAGAUGAACUGAACGAGACAGAGGAGAAACGAGUGAUAUGUGUGAAAGAGCUUCAGAAACUUGUCCUUGAUUCUGCUGAUACUGGAGAGGAGAUUUGCAAGACUGUGCUUGAAAAGACAAAAGACAAAGAUGAAUCCUUCUUCCUACGAUUUGUUAGAGCAAGAAAGUAUGAUGUGAAAAGGGCGUAUGAACUUGUCAAAGGCUAUGUGCGCUUUCGGGAGCAAUAUCCUGAGCUCUUUGAAAAUCUGACACCUGAGGCUGUACGUAGCACCAUCGAGGCAGGGUACCCAGGCAUCCUCCCGAAUCGAGACAAGAACGGACGUGUCGUGCUGCUCUUUAACAUUGAGAACUGGGAUUACGAGGAAAUCACUUUCGAUGAGAUCCUUCGCGCUUACUGUGUGAUUCUGGAGAAGCUUCUGGAGAAUGAGGAGACGCAGAUUAACGGAUUUUGCAUCAUUGAAAACUUUAAGGGAUUUACAAUGCAACAAGCAUCGGGCAUCAAAGCCUCAGAGCUCAAGAAAAUGGUAGACAUGCUUCAGGACUCCUUCCCUGCCCGGUUUAAAGCUGUACAUUUCAUCCAUCAGCCUUGGUAUUUCACCACAACCUACAGCAUGGUUAAGCCUUUUUUGAAAAACAAACUUUUAGAGAGGGUUUAUGUCCAUGGUGAGGAACUGGAAGCAUUUUUCAAGGAGAUUGAUGCUGAUAUUCUCCCAAAAGACUUUGGAGGUAAUCAACCCAAAUAUGACGGCAAAAUGGUGGCUGAGAAAAUCCUUGGUCCGAGCACUGAGUCAGAAGAUACUGCCCUUUAGUUACACAAACAUAGAGUUGAAAAAACCUCAGGUAGUGAACACACAGUCUAGUUGUCAUGUAUACCUAAUUUUUUUUAAGCUGUCUACUUAAAACAUUACACAAAACAGACUGGAUUUUUCACAGUUCCCUCCAUGUUUUCCUUUAUGUACUUUCUUCGAUGGCAGACCCAAGCCACAACGAAACCAUUGCCUCUUGUUGAAAUGCAAAAUUAGAAAUAAAUUUUUUUUUAAGGAAAAGCA